AUGGCCGAUUCUUUGACCGAAGAGCAAGUUUCCGAGUACAAGGAGGCCUUCUCCUUGUUUGACAAGGAUGGCGAUGGCCAAAUCACCACCAAGGAGCUCGGUACUGUCAUGCGCUCGCUUGGCCAGAACCCCUCCGAGUCUGAGCUGCAGGACAUGAUCAACGAGGUCGAUGCCGACAACAACGGCACCAUUGACUUCCCUGAGUUCCUCACGAUGAUGGCCCGCAAGAUGAAGGACACCGAUUCCGAGGAGGAGAUCCGUGAGGCCUUCAAGGUCUUUGACCGUGAUAACAACGGCUUCAUUUCCGCCGCUGAGCUGCGCCAUGUGAUGACCUCGAUUGGCGAGAAGCUGACCGACGAUGAGGUGGAUGAGAUGAUCCGCGAGGCGGACCAGGACGGCGAUGGCCGUAUUGACUGUACGUUGCAUAUUCUCUCCACAAUUCUGCCGCUUGAGCCGUUGCGAUCUACCGUCGGUCCUGGUACUUUGCGUGGAACAGUAUACUGA